UCUGAAGAACGUCGGUGUGCAUGCCCUGAAUACGCGGUCCAGUUUCUUAUAUUCGAGUCGAGCGUUUGCGAGAUGUUUCAGUUGAGCAAAUGCUGUUUGGUGCUGUGUUUUAAAUAAUAGAUGAACGAAUAUUAUACCCAAGUGAAAAGACAUGCGUUGGUGGCCUCGCCAGCGUCUGGGAGGUGUCCUCCUAGUAUAUUUUAUAAGCGUACGGUUAGUGUGCUCGUUAAAGAAUGCAUCUGAGGAAGGAAUUCCGGAAAUGCGGUCCAAAUUUUCGAGCGACGACCGACUGUUUGAUUCGCUAAUGCGUAACUGCAAAGUGCCUUCGAUUACUUGUAUACAAAAGACACUUUACGACCACCUCAAUGAUGUUUUAGAUCGUGCAGACAAUUACGAAUUAAACGGGUUCGUCACAUUUACGAAAAACAAUGCAAGUUUCGAUGGUGACAAUGUUACCCUUGCGAGACGCGAUCGUGCCGAAGAAAUCGGAAAUAAAGUAUUACGGUUCAUAUUGACCCACAAUGUGCAAAUUCAAAUGCCCGAACUGAUGUUCGAAGGGUCAACUCUCGAAAUAUCGCCGAGAAGUGUAGACGGGUCCGGUUUGAUUACUAAACUUGAGUUAAUCCCAAAGGUUGUAAGGAAAGAGCUGGGAAGUCCGAGGAUCUUCUUUAAGAAAAUAAAAAAAUUCAUUGGCGAAAAACUGAUGCAUGCCCUACUAGCCAUCGUGUUGGUGAUCGCGUUGCUUCUUAUCAAAUUCUUAUUCUUCCUUCCUUUGGUGGCCGGUGUAGCGGUUGCAAAGAAAGUGUUGGUUAAAAUUCUAUUAUUCUUCUUUCCAUUUCUAUCUCACCUAUUCAAGCUUUGCCCGUAUGUUGACCAUACAAAUAGCUUAACGAAGUUCCAUCACCACCAUCAUCAAAUAUCUCAUCUUCAUCACGUACCACCGCUUCACCAUCACCUUCCCACGGAGCAUCAUCCGCCACAUGAUCCCCAUCAGUCUUACGACAUUGGCUUUGAGUACUAUGGACACGGACCGGAUAUAUCAGAAGGGUACGUUGAUUCUUAG